GAAUAGCGGCCAUCGCGAUAUGCGCGUUGUAAAUCCUUCUAGUUUUUGUCAUUGAUUCGUUAAAGCUGUGGAUUCAUCAAGUUUUUCUAAAGAAAAUGUUGACUGCGCUGGGUCACAUCCAGCUGCUGCGCUUUGUCGGCCCAGCUGUUGUUGUUUUUGGUGUUGCACCGUAUUACUUAAUAACUUGGCUUGCAUGGCGACUCGCUUCACUGCCUCUGUCUAGGCGCGUCUUCGAACGAGGAGAUGAGAUUAUGUACGACUCGUAUCAAUCGCUUAUCUGCUUCUUCUUUGAGACCUUAACGGGAGCUGAGGUUAUCCUUUAUGGUGAUCAAAUUCCAUGGAAUAAACAGGAAAAUGUGAUUGUGAUAUGUAACCAUCAAAGUUCAGUGGACUGGAUAAUCACUGAUUUCCUUGCUGUCAGGCAAGGUUCUUUGGGAAGACUUCGCUACAUUCUGAAGAACGGGUUGAAAUAUUUCCCUUUAUAUGGUUUCUACUUUGCUCAGCAUUCGUGUAUAUAUGUUAAACGCAGUGGGGCAAAAGACCAAGAUUACAUUGCUAGGAAACUUACAGAGAUGAAGGCUCGAAAUCUACCUAUGUGGUUAGUCAUUUUUCCAGAAGGCACACGAUAUAAUGUAAAUAAUAAAGCAGUGAUUGAAAAAAGUCAAGCAUUUGCAACUGAACAAGGACUCCCAGUCUUAACUCAGGUACUUACCCCAAGAACAAAGGCUACUGAGGCCAGCUUCGAGGUUCUGUCUUCUGACUAUUUGGAUGCUGUUUAUGACUUCACUAUCACCUAUAGCAUGGCAAACGAGAAUCAUUUUCCUCGCAGACCAGCUCCAACUAUGUCUGAUUUCCUUAUUUCAAAAGGACAACAAGUCCAUGUAUACUGCCGAAGGCAUGAAGCUAGAGAUCUUCCCAAGGAUAGUGAAGGAAGAAAAUCCUGGAUCCACCAAACCUUUGCAGAGAAAGACAGAAUUUUGAAUAAAUUUUACCAAGAAGAUGGAAAAAUGCCUGGGGUUCCACGGAGGAGGAGGUUACCAUGGACAAGAACUUUCCCAUAUUUUGUGUUUUGGAUGGCAACACUUUUGCCAUUUGUAAUGACAAAAUGGGGGCGAUCAGCUUACUGGAAGAUGUGGCUUGUCACAAGCUUUGGAUCAGUAUCUUAUAUGAUGUUCUUGUUUGGGAAAGUUCAGCGGUGAAAUAUGAAGACAACACAUGUUUGCACAUUGAGAAAACCUGAUACGAGUGUCCGGGUUUCAUCAGCCAUAUUGCAAGUGCUAGUCUCCGAAAUCUGUUUUUACAGGGUUCAUACAGUCCUGGGAAAACCUGGAAAUUCUUGGACUUCUGUGAAAGAGUUUUCAAAGACCUGAAAGUCUUCUAAAAAGAUUAUCAGUCCUGGAAAGACCUAAAAUGUAGAAUUUGGUAUUAAAUCAAGAUGGUUGAUAUUUAACAUGUACAUUUUUCUUUAUUCCCAUCAGCUGUCAUCUUGAUAUUGCAUGGAGAAAUUUAGUCAAUCUUGAGAAUUUAAGGGUUAAUGGAAUCUCUGGAGCCCUGGAAAAAACAUUGUCAGCCUUGGAAAAUUGUUUCUGAAAAUAGGUAGAUAGCUUGUUUUCAGGGUGGAUAUUUCCAUUUGACCCCAUCCUAUCACAGCAUGCUGACCCAGCCGCCUUGCAAUUCUCUUUGUUUUGAAGCCAGUGAACCUUUCACCAGUCAGGGCAGAAAGUUUAAAUCAUCAGUGAAGUCAAUGGGCAGAAUCUUUCGAAGCAUUUUAUGUUUGAUGAAGUAUUCUACUGUUUUUUGACUUACAUUAAGUUGCAAAACAUCUCAAUUCCAAAUGCAAUUCUGUAAAUGUACCAAUAGAUGUUAGAAGUUUCACUAUCAAAUACCAUUUUCCCCUUCCUCUCUUAAAAAUUCCAAGUGCAAAAAAACUGUAUUUGAAUUAGAAGUUUAUUAACAAUCCAAGAAUGUGAUAUAUGUUCAAAAUGCUUAUACAACUUUUUAACUGCUAAAUUUAUGUAUAUGCAUGUAACAAUUUUAAAAACAAAUGAUUGCACUGUACAUAACAUGCAGUUAUCAGCAAAAAAACAGUAGUAUUAACAAGUUAACAACAAUGAGAAUGAUGGGAACUAUGCCUAAGUUCUUAAAGUAUGGUGCAAUGAUUGCUAUUGUACAUGUGCUGGGUAUUAGUGUAGAGUUCUUCAAGUUUGUAUGCCUGUUGUAUGUCUCCUGUAGAGUGCCUUGGAAUGCGUUUGAAUUGAGUGUUGUAAAAACAAAACUAAGUAAUAAAAAGGCAAAUAUGAACAAAAGUGAAAAAUUAACAAGAGGCAGAUCACAACUCGAAGUAAAAAAGAAGUAAAUGGCCUCAAGUGUAGGAAAAAAUACACAAGAAAAUUACAGCUAUUGAGUUCAACUAGACAGUUGAAGAUGAAGAAUUUUUGCAUUUGCUUUGGCCAUCAGAUGGAGUUGUGAGUUACAUUUGUCCUCAGUUUUCCUUUCCUUUGCCAUUUUCUUGUGAAAGCUGUGUUCCUACUUUACUUGGCACAACAUCUUCAGUCACUAUAGAUCUGAAAUGUAAGAAAAUAAAGUAAAUCUUGUGUAGAAUGAGAACCACAACACUUUAACCCCUAAACUCCCAAGAUUUCAUGAGUAAUUCUCCUUACUGUCUGCCAUACAAUUUAUGUGAUGAUAGUUUAGAGAAUUUGGAAUUGGAU